AUGGCCACACAGCAGCACGACGACGACCUCCACGAGGGCACGCCCGGCUACAAGCUGUCCCAGCCGAAGCAGAGCCUGGCGACUUACCAGCAAAUGGUGAAUGAACUGCCUGUUCCGGCGAGCUCGGCGAGCCUCAAUGCCGUGCGACGAAGCAGGAAAAGGUGCAUACCGAGCACCAACAGCAAGGAUGCCCACUCCACUGCGGCCGCACUGCUUCCCGUCACCAGCUCUGCUGCCAGGCGGCUCACCAUGCAUGCCGGCGACGAAUCCUUGCAGCGCUACAAGGAGUCCCUCGGCCUCGGCGGCGGCAAGGACCUGAGCGACCCGUCGGAUGCCCGCGUCUGCAUCAUCCAGAGCCUGACGCUCGAGUCGCCCGGCCGCCAGCCCGUGACGAUCGACCUGAGCGUGCCCGGCUCGGAGGCGACGCUCAAGGACCACCCGUUCACCAUCAAGGAGGGCUCGCGGUUCACCAUGGUGGCGACGUUCAAGGUGCAGCACGAGGUGCUGAGCGGCCUGCGCUACGUGCAGGUGGUCAAGCGCAAGGGCGUGCGCGUGGGCAAGGACAGCGAGAUGCUGGGCAGCUACGCGCCCAACACGGACAAGCAGCCGCUGUACACGAAGCGCUUCCAGGAGGACGAAGCACCGAGCGGCAUGCUGGCGCGCGGCCACUACGUUGCGUCGUCGAGCUUUGUGGACGACGACAAGAAGACGCACCUGGCGUUUGAGUGGAGCUUUGACAUUGCCAAGGACUGGUAG